AUGCCAGCUACGCUGUCGACGGCUACCACAACCUCCGCUACCUGUCUGAGUCCGCCUGGCGUCACACCAGCGCGAGGAAACCUGACGGCGGACCAGCGUCACGUCAUCUACGAUACGCUGUUAGAGAGGUCGUCACAUGGAAAGCUUCCGUACGGAGCUAUGCAGGACCUUGCUCUAAAGUAUGAGUGUCACUGGCGCACCAUAUCUCGUGUGUGGGUACGAGGACGAGCGUCCCUCGCCAACGGCAACGAGGUUGCGCAUGUUGCAUCCCAACUCAAGGAGAUCGAGAAAAGCAUCAAGUCGGUUCCGCAUUUUACUCGGCAAACCCUCCGGUCUUUGGCGUACCAAUCCAAGAUACCAAAGACGACGAUCAUACGCCACAUGAGCGAGACCAAACGACUCAAGGCGGGCUCGAGCUACGUCAAGCCGCUGCUCACUCAAGACAACACGAAGGCGCGCCUCGACUUCGCAAUGAAUUUUGUUCGACCUUCAACAAGUGGAGUCUACUUCCAGUCUCUGUAA